UCUUACCUGCUUGUCCGUGAAGCUUUUGAGUCUGCUACCUCCACUUUACUCACUUUCUUCGCCUUCUCCACUUGCUUCUCUUACCCCUUUUUGCUCCCUUUCAUUACCAGGCGCUGACAUUGAGACGCUCCUCUGAUUUUAAUUUCAGGAAAUGAACGGCUCAGAUCAAUCCCUCGAACUCCUGCUCCUCAUCUCUCGCCUAUCACUCCUUCCUCCUUUCGCCUGAUUUAUCUUCACGUUUAUGGGAAUAAUGGAGUCCUGCGAUUGCAUUGACACACAAUGGCACCACGAGGAGCUUCUUGUCAAAUAUCAGUAUAUAUCGGAUGUUUUAAUUGCCUUUGCAUACUUUUCUAUUCCAAUUGAGCUCAUAUAUUUUGUACAAAAAUCAGCAUUCUUCCCAUACAGAUGGGUGCUUAUGCAAUUUGGUGCUUUUAUUGUUCUCUGUGGAGCAACCCACUUUAUAAACUUAUGGACUUUCAAUAUGCAUUCUAAAGCCGUUGCCGUAGUGAUGACUAUUGCGAAAGUUUCUUGUGCCAUUGUAUCAUGUGCAACUGCGUUGAUGCUUGUUCACAUUAUUCCUGACCUUCUGAGUGUUAAAACUCGGGAAUCAUUUCUGAAGAACAAAGCUGAAGAACUUGACAGGGAAAUGGGGCUUAUUCUUACACAGGAAGAAACUGGAAGGCAUGUAAGAAUGCUGACUCAUGAAAUUAGAAGCACACUUGACAGACAUACAAUAUUGAAAACCACUCUUGUUGAGUUGGGGAGGACCUUGGGCCUGGAGGAAUGUGCAUUGUGGAUGCCAUCACGGUCUGAUUUGACUCUUCAACUUUCUCAUACCUUACGCUACCAGAUACAACUUGGAAUUACUGUGUCCAUAAACCUUCCUAUUGUCAAUGAAGUCUUCAACAGUGCUCGAGCAAUGCGUAUACCAUAUACCUGCCCACUAGCUAAAGUCAGACCUCUUGUAGGUAGGUACACACCACCAGAGGUUGUUGCAGUUCGUGUUCCCCUUCUACAUCUUUCAAAUUUCCAAAUCAAUGAUUGGCCAGACCUCUCUGCAAAAAGCUAUGCAGUCAUGGUUCUGAUUCUCCCUACAGACAGUGCCAGAAAGUGGCGGGACCAUGAGCUGGAACUUGUUGAAGUUGUUGCAGAUCAGGUUGCGGUUGCUUUGUCUCAUGCUGCUAUUCUGGAAGAGUCUAUGCGGGCACGUGAUCAGCUCAUGGAGCAGAAUAUUGCUUUAACUUCAGCUCGUCGUGAGGCAGAAAUGGCAAUUCAUGCUCGCAAUGAUUUCCUUGCUGUGAUGAACCACGAAAUGAGGACACCAAUGCAUGCAAUUAUUGCAUUGUCCUCACUUCUUUUAGAGACCGAUCUAACUUCAGAACAAAGAGUAAUGAUUGAGACAGUGCUAAAGAGCAGUAACCUUUUGGCAACACUUACUAAUGAUGUUUUAGAUCUUUCAAGACUUGAAGACCGCAGCUUGGAGUUAGAAAUUAGGAUCUUCAAUCUUCAUGAACUUUUUAGAGAGGUUGUUAAUUUGAUAAAGCCUAUCACAUCCUUAAAGAAGUUGUCCAUGACUUUGAUCAUGGCUCCAGAUUUGCCUGUGUGUGCUGUUGGUGACGAGAAACGUCUCAUGCAAACUAUUUUAAAUGUAGUGGGUAAUGCUGUCAAAUUCACAAAGGCAGGCUAUGUAUCAGUUAUAGUUUCUGUUGCAAAACCAGAUUCUUUAAGAGAUUGGCGAACUCCUGAAUUUUACCCUACUACAAGUGAUGGGCACUUCUACCUACGGAUACAGGUUAAGGACUCUGGUUGUGGAGUCCUCCCUCAAGACAUCCCACUCCUUUUUACUAAAUUCACUCAGCCCCGAAGUGGGUCUAGCCAAAAUAAUGGCGGUGCAGGACUUGGACUUGCCAUCUGUAAAAGGUUUGUAGAUCUAAUGGGAGGCCAUAUAUGGAUCGAGAGCGAAGGCCUUGACAAGGGCACCAGUGCUACAGUCAUUGUCAAACUUGGGUUUUGCAAAAACCCAGGUGAUUCAUCUAUGCACCAAGUUGCAUCCGGAGGUCGAGCAAACCACGGAAGUACAGAUUUUAUUGGACAUAAAGCGUUAUUCAGAAAUAGUGAUGGGGUGGCCUUUCCUAAUCCGCGUUACCAGCGAAGCGUUUAGUACAUGUACAAGCAAAUGUACGGGCUAGCUCAUUCUUCUUUAUGAUAUAUUUCUGAGCUGAAUCUGAUGAAUGUGGGGGUGGGGUUGUGGAGCUGGUGAAUUCUCCGAAGCCUGACGAAAAUGCCAUCGUACAAAAGAAUUUGGAGUUGUGAUUACAUACGAUUAUCAAUUAUUAAUAAUAUUGAAAGGUAAUGGGUUCAGAUAUUAUGUUUCUGUGGGGUUUUAGCACUGUAUUUUGCUUGAAUGAAAUGACACAGGUGCGCUAGCAUACAUUUCAGCAAA